AUGCUCUAUGUGCAAAUUCACAAGUUAAACACUACACAACACAAGACCUUACACUUGUCCAGAUUACAAACUGACCAUCCACGUGACACCCAACAAAUCUUUCUUUCUAUUUUCAUCAGGAUGGUAGGGGGUAUAUCUGUAGUGGGUAGGUCGGUUGUGGAUUCACAUACUUCGCCAUGUUUGUGUUUGGAUUCUUUCACAUCAAAAACUCAUAUGAAUCAAACAAAAAGUGAGCAUAAAUUUCGUCCUGGUUCAUUGGAAUUAAGAAGUUCUUUUAUUCACUCUAAGUAUUUAGCCAAAACACCUUCGUGCAUGAAGCAAAGAAAAGCUAAAGGUCUUGUGAUUGUUAAUGAACUUGGUGGACAAUAUGAAGAUAGUUUUCGUGAUGUUCAAGCACAAUUGUUUAAUCUAUUCACUUACAAAGCAGUGAGGACUGUUAUGAACCAACUUUAUGAGAUGAACCCAACGGAAUAUCGUUGGUUUUACGAUUUUGUGGUGUUGAACAAACCGAGUGAUGGAAAGCGGUUUCUUCGCGUCCUCCAAAAGGAGAAACAUGAACUUGCCGAAAGAGUAAUGGUGACUCGGCUUCACCUCUACGGAAAAUGGAUAAAGAAAGUGGAUCAUGGGGAAAUGUACAAAAAUUUAUCAGACCAGAAUUUGGAGUUGAUGCGUGAACGACUCAUGGAGACAGUAAUAUGGCCGUCCGAUGAUGCAAAUUGGGACCAAUAUUGAUGAAGAGAUUGAUCUAUUAUCAUUGUUGUUGACUAGGUAGAAGAAUUAUAAGAAAAUCUCAUGAUAUGUAUAUGACAUUGUACAUAUAGUAUGCUUUCAAGAUUGAUUAAUAAUUAUAUAAAUGCUAUUUGCUCAUUUGAGAGCUUGACCGCGUCUAAGGGU